AUGGAAUCGCUUUCUCCAUCUUGUAAUAAUAUUUCUUCCAUUAUCAAUAAUGAAAAUGACAAGAAAGAAUUAACUCUUAAAACCACAACAAAAAAGAUUAAAAAUGAGGGUAACAACAUAUCUCUUGAAGCGACAAGAAAGGUUAAAGAACUUUUAAAUUUAUUUCCGCUGUCAUGUUCUCCUCAAAAAUUUUCUUGUGAAAACCCAUCAAAAACUUCUGAUGGACACAUAAAACGUCCAUGUAAUAAUUUUAUGAUCUUUAGAAAAUUAGCGCAUGAUAAAAAGGUUCGUAUUAAAGAAUUAAGAAAAUACAAUCAACGAGAUUUUUCACAACAUCUCGGUCGUAUUUGGAAUUUAUUAUUGACUCCCGAAGAAAAGGAACAAUACUCAAAAUUCGCUAAAGAAGUUGCUGAAAUACAUCGAAGUAAAAAUCCAACAUAUAAAUAUCAACCAAAAAGGUUAAAGGCCGCUUGGAAACAGUAUAACUUUCAAAGUCCUGAUAAAAAACUAAGAUCUCGCAUAGAAAUAUUGGCAGAGAAUGAUCAAACAAUAACAAAUCAUUAUACGGAAAAUAAUAAUAAUCUAGAAGAGAUAAAUUCAAUGAAUUCUUACUUGUAUAUUCAAUCACCAUCUACUUUUAUGUCAGAAAAAUAA